AUGAGGAACCAUAGCACCGUCACAGAGUUCAUCCUCAUCGGACUGUCUGAUGACCCCCUCGUCGAGGCCCUGCUCUUUGUGCUCUUCCUGGGCAUUUACGUCAUGACCGUGAUGGGGAACCUGACGAUGCUGCUGGUCAUCAGGGCUGAUUCCCACCUCCACACGCCCAUGUACUUCUUCUUGAGUAACCUGUCAUUCCUGGACCUCUGCUUCUCCUGUGUCACUCUGCCCAAGCUACUCAAGGACCUCUUGUCUGAGAAGAAAACCAUCUCUGUUGAGGGCUGUCUGGCUCAGGUUUUCUUUGUGUUUUUCUCUUCAGGAACUGAGGCCUGUCUGCUCUCCGUGAUGGCCUACGACCGCUAUGCCGCCAUCUGCCACCCUCUGCUCUAUGGCCAGGUGAUGAGCAGCCAGCUGUGUGCGAGGCUGGUGCUGGUUUCCUGGGCACUGGCCUCUGUCAACGCAUCUGUCAUUGUGCUCUUGGCUAUCAACCUGGACUUCUGUGGUGCUCGAACCAUACACCACUUCACCUGUGAGCUCCCUGCCCUCUUCCCCCUAUCUUGUUCUGACAUCACCAUCCAUAUCAUUGUCUUGAUCUGCGCCUCCUUACUGCAUGGCCUUGGGACCUUCAUCCCCAUCUUCCUCUCGUACGCACGUAUUGUCCAGACCAUCCUGAGCAUCCGCUCCACCACAGGCAGAAGCAAGGCCUUCUCCACCUGCUCCUCCCACUUCGCAGCUGUGAUCCUCUUCUUCGGCUCGGGUUUUCUUUGUUAUCUAAUGCCCCCUUCUGGAUCCUCUUUGGACUUGGUUCUGUCUGUGCAGUACAGUGUGGUCACCCCCAUGCUGAAUCCCCUCAUCUACAGUCUGAAGAACAAGGAUGUGAAGACAGCUGUGAAACGGACAUUGGGAAAAUAUCUAGAAUAUCUUAGAUAG